AUGAAGACUGGGUUGAUCUUUGCGGUCACCACUCUCUUGGUCGGCACCAAUGCCAGCCCAGGCCAAAAGUUGCCAACAUCAGCGUCGAGCGAUAUCCAAAUUGCUCAAGAGCAGCUGAAGAUACUGGUCGCCAAUGCCAAAUACAUCAUCAAGUCAAGCAAAAAGCCCUUCAGCUCAACAUGCAAGCCUGGCAACGUCACAGUCCGCAAAGAAUGGGGUACUCUUUCACCCAGAGAACGCAUCGCCUACACCGACGCUGUGCGCUGUCUCCAAAACAAGCCUGCGAGAUCUCCUGCCUUAUGGGCUCCUGGUGCCAAAACUCGCUUUGACGAUUGGGUAGCCACGCACAUUGAUCAAACUCUGCAGAUCCACUACACAGGCACCUUUCUGGGCUGGCACCGUUACUUUCUCUGGGAAUAUGAACAAGCACUUCGCAAUGAGUGCGGCUACCAAGGCACACAACCCUACUGGAACUGGGGUCUCUCUGCUGAGACGGGCAUGGAGCAAAGUCCAGUGUGGGAUGGCAGCAAAACAAGCAUGAGUGGCAAUGGCGCUUACAUCAACCAAACCGGUCUCGAUAUCGUUCUGGGCGGCAACGGUCUGCCAUCUAUCUUUCUUCCCAUUGGAAGUGGAGGCGGUUGCGUCGACUCUGGACCUUUCGUCAACAUGACUGUAAAUCUCGGUCCUGCCGCUCUCACCGUCCCUGGUAACAUCACUGUCGUCAGCCUCAACGGUCCUCUAUCUUACAAUCCUCGUUGCCUCAAGCGAGACCUCACCGACGAGCUUAACGCGCGUUUUGCAAACUUCACCGCCGUUGUCGACAAUAUCCUCGCUCCCAAGACUGUCUACGACUUCCAGAUGCAAAUGCAAGGCAUCCCCGGCAGCGGCAACAUCGGCGUCCACGGCGGAGGACACUACUCAAUGGGCGGCGACCCAGGUCGGGACGUCUUCACUUCUCCAGGUGAUCCAGCCUUCUAUCUUCAUCACGGCAUGAUUGAUUUAGUGUGGACGGCGUGGCAGAUGUUGGAUCCCGAAAACAGGAUUUAUGGCAAAGAUGCUAUUGCUGGUACAAACACGUUCUUGAACCAACCGCCUAGUGCCAACACGACUUUGGAUACAGAAUUGAGUAUUGGUUGGGCGGGACGAAGUGUCAAUGUUACGAUGAGGGAUGUGAUGACCACAGUUGGUGGACCAUUCUGUUACGUUUACGCUUGA